UGAACCCAAGUCAGAGUUGAAGCUCUUAUUGACUGUACGGUAACCGCAAUAUCCACCCGCCCCAACAUCCUUCGGGCAUGUCAUGCUACCAGAUGACAAAGCGCAAGCUUCUUCGACUCUAAACAACCGGAUCAGGUCCACACGUUUGAAAGCGACAUGUGGUAAUCAUAUCCAGUCCUAAUGAAGCCGCAAGCAUGGUAAGUCCUAUCGUCGCGAAACACCGACACAAGAUGCCAUAUAACAAGACGGUAGGUUCGUGGGUUUUUGCGUUCACUUUAUUCCAGGAACAAGUCGUUCACCACAGGUUCGAAAAGAGAGAGAGUGCACCCAAUCACUGCACGUUGAUAGAUAACUCCAGGCGCCAUGGUCGACAUCGAGAAGGCAGAGAGCCAAGGUCCUCAAUCCUCUUCAAGCCCAAGCUCCAGCGAAGCGCUGUGUCGGGUACAAACCGAAGGAGAACUCGCAAAAGCAGAGACCGCAGCUGACAGGUCAUAUGCACCAAUAACGACCUCCGCAUCCAAUGCUCGAUCGGUGGCCCGGUCGACCCUAUCGCACAUUCGAACAGGCGCAUCUAUCACCGAUGGUUUCGCAUCUUACAGCCUGGUAGACCAGCCAGAGGACACGAUCGAUGAUGUGCUGGCUGCCAGAAGGACUCCCUCGGACGCUUAUGAGGUGCGAUGGGAUGGAAAGAGUGAUCCUUUAUCACCACGAAACAUGAGUGGUCCCCGUAAAUGGCUGAUUACGAUGAUCCUUUCGUCCUCGGCUUUCCUUGUAACAUGCACUUCUUCAAUAUAUACAAUCACCUACGAACAGCUUAUCCGCGAAUUCCACACCACGAGAGAAAUUGCGACGCUGGGCCUGACCUCGUUCGUGCUAGGGCUGGCCAUGGGACCGAUGUUUCUUGCUCCGAUGUCAGAGUUCUACGGCCGCACUCCAAUCUACAUCAUCUCAAUGGUCCUUUUCACGAUCUGGCUAAUUCCAGAAGCGGUUGCUCAGGGCAUGGCGACGAUGAUUGUAGGUAGAUUCUUCAACGGCCUCGCUGGUAGCGCCUUUCUAGCUGUUGCGGCCGGCUCCAUCGUGGACAUGUUCGAACCGGCGCAAAUCGCUCUUCCCAUGAUAAUGUUCAGCAUCGCUCCCUUUUUAGGUCCAGCUGCGGGCCCUAUUAUCGGAGGCUUCAUCAACCAAUUCACGACUUGGCGAUGGACAUUCUACACGCUACUGAUCUGGUCAGGCACUUUGACGGCGGCUGUCAUCGUUUUCGUUCCAGAGACAUAUCCCAAAGUCCUACUCAGGCGAAAAGCGGCCAGCAAACGUAAAGAAUCCGGCAACGAGCGAUGGUGGGCUCCGAUCGAAAGACACGAUGCAUCGAUCCUGAGCACGGUCCUCCACUCUUGUGUGACGCCGUUCAAGCUCCUCUUCUUGGAGCCAAUGUGUCUCCUGCUCUGCCUGUACUCAGCAAUCCUCCUGGGCAUUGUGUACUUGUUCUUCGGGGCCUUUCCGUUGGUGUUUCGCAACAACCACGGCUUCUCAACCUACCAGGUCGGUCUGACGUUCUGCGGCUUGGGCGUCGGCAUGAUCAUCGGCGCCCUCACGAACCCAUUCUGGCGAUGGAAUACGAGUCGCCUGAUCGCAAACCUCGAGACCAGGACGGGUCAAAAAUGUAUCCGACCACCUCCAGAGUUCCGACUUACCCCUGCCAUGCCUGGCGCCUUCUUGGUCCCCAUCGGGCUAUUUUGGUUCGGUUGGACGACGUACCCGAGUGUUCAUUGGAUCGUGCCUAUCAUCGGAUCCAGCUUCUUUGGAGCAGGGUAUGGGCAUUCCUCUCCGCCCCCUUUACAUGGUCGACAAGGUGCUAAUCAGUGUCCACAGUGUCUUUUUAGCUUUCAACGGCGUACUUACUUUCCUCGUCGAUGCUUACGCCAACUACGCAGCCAGCGCAGUCGCAGCCAAUGUGCUUGUCCGCCUCAUUUUCGCCGGCGCGUUUCCGUUGUUCGGAACCCAGAGUGAGUGUUUUCGAUGCCAGAGAUGCUCGGACCGAGUAUCCAGAGCAGAUGUUGGUCACCUCUCCCCGUUCCUGUACUGACCUUGUGAAAAGUGUAUGAGAAUCUAGGCUACCAAUGGGCGUCGUCCCUCCUCGCCUUCCUCGGUCUGGCAUGCCUCCCAAUGCCGUAAGUUCUCGAGCUCUCCUGUCUGUGGCUUUGAGCGAAUGGUGUGCUGAUUCAUCAUGGUUUGGGCAGAUUCCUCUUUUUCAAGUAUGGCGAGAAGAUCCGAAAGCGAAGCAAGUUUGGCACUUCGGACGAGACGUCGUGAUCUGUUCGCCAUGCCCCCCGGCUCAGUUUAUUCAGUCAUCAUCUUCUCAAAUUACUCGUUACACGCUCUCUCGACUUGGCGAAGCAUGAUGCACAACAUAUAUUGUGAUUGGAUUGUUAUUGGACCGUGAAAUAUUAGCGACGACAUUGCAUAUUUUCUAGGAGCGGUGGGUUUGAAAGCGAGAAAAAGUGUGUUAUUUAUAUGAAUAUACCCGAGUUGUAGUGUAUAAUAAUACAUCUAAUCAUGAAUGAGAAAUAAUAAAC